GCACGGGGAGUCCGGAGCACCCCUCAAGCUGAGUGUAGGACGCGCCCCCAGCACAGCCACCCCCCGGCCGCUGAAUGAGGCUUCCCGGCGUCCGCUCGCCGCCCGCAGCGCCGCGCGGGAGGUCCGCCCGCUGAGGCGCGGCGGGUGCGCCGGCAGCCAGUGCGCUCACCUGCCAGCCUGCGCGCCAUGGGGCAGCCCGGGAACCGCAGCGUCUUCUUGCUGGCGCCGAACGGAAGCCACGCGCCGGACCAAGAUGGCACGCAGGAACGGAACGAGGCGUGGGUGGUGGGCAUGGGCAUCGUCAUGUCGCUCAUCGUCCUGGCCAUCGUGUUCGGAAACGUGCUGGUCAUCACAGCCAUCGCCAGGUUCGAGCGUCUGCAGACGGUCACCAACUACUUCAUCACCUCCCUGGCCUGUGCUGACCUGGUCAUGGGCCUGGCGGUGGUGCCCUUUGGGGCCAGCCACAUCCUCAUGAAAAUGUGGACCUUUGGCAACUUCUGGUGUGAGUUUUGGACUUCCAUUGACGUGUUGUGCGUCACGGCCAGCAUCGAGACCCUGUGCGUGAUCGCAGUGGAUCGCUACUUUGCUAUCACAUCACCCUUCAAGUACCAGAGCCUGCUGACCAAGAAUAAGGCCCGGGUGGUCAUUUUGAUGGUGUGGGUCGUGUCAGGCCUUACCUCCUUCUUGCCCAUCCAGAUGCACUGGUACCGGGCCACCCACCAGGAAGCCAUCAACUGCUAUGCCAAGGAGACCUGCUGUGACUUCUUCACGAACCAAGCUUAUGCCAUUGCCUCCUCCAUCGUGUCCUUCUACUUUCCCCUGGUGGUCAUGGUCUUUGUCUACUCCCGGGUCUUCCAGGUGGCCCAAAGGCAGCUCCAGAAGAUUGACAAAUCUGAGGGCCGCUUCCAUGCCCAAAACGUCAGCCAAGUGGAGCACGAUGGGCGGAGCGGGCAUGGACAUCGCAGGGCCUCCAAGUUCUGCCUGAAGGAACACAAAGCCCUCAAAACUCUGGGCAUUAUCAUGGGCACUUUCACCCUGUGCUGGCUGCCCUUCUUCAUCGUCAACAUAGUGCACGUGAUCCAGGAUAACCUCAUCCCCAAGGAAGUUUACAUCCUUCUAAAUUGGGUGGGCUAUGUCAACUCUGCUUUCAAUCCCCUCAUCUAUUGCCGGAGCCCAGACUUCAGGAUUGCCUUCCAGGAGCUUCUGUGCCUGCGCAGGUCUUCUCUGAAGGCCUGUGGGAAUGGCUACUCCAACAACAGUAGCAGCAGAACCGACUAUGCUGGGGAGCACAGUGGAUGUCACCUGGGGCAGGAGAAAGACAGCGAACUGCUGUGUGAGGACCCCCCAGGCACGGAAGACCUUUUGAACGGUCAAGGUACUGUGCCUAACGAUAGCAUUGAUUCACAAGGGAGGAAUUGUAGUACAAACGACUCACUGCUCUAAUACAGUUUUUCUACUUUUUAUGAACCCCCCCCCCAACAAAACACUAAACAGACUAUUUAACUUGAGUGUGAUACAUUUAGACUAAAAUUGUAUAGAGAUGUGCAGGAGGAAGGACAGCCUUCUGCCUUUUUUUAUUUUUUUAAGCUGUAAAAAAGAGAAAGCAUAUUCGAGUGAUUGUUUCUUGUACAGUUCGGUUCCUUUUUUUGCAUGGAACGUGUCAGGUUGUGUCUGAAAGGCUUCAGUCCCAGAGGACCUGGGGCUGCUAUGUUUUGAUGACUUUUCCCAUGGAUCUACCUCACUGGUCAAGUAUUAGGGGUAAUAUAUAUUGCUGCUGGUAAUUUGUAUGUGAAGGAGUCUUUCCUUCCUGCACCCUUGCACUGGAGGACCUUGAGUAUCUCGGACCUUUCAGCUGUGAACCCGGACUCUCCCUGCUCCUCUUAUUUGCUCAAACAGGGUGUUGUAGGCAGGGACUUGAGGGGCAGCUUCAGUUGUGUUCCUGAGCAAAGUCUAAAGUUUACAGUAAAUAAAGUGUUUGACCAUGACUUCAUUGCACCUGUUUCUCCAAAACCCCUUGACCGGAGUGUGGUCGCCUCCCCCACUGGAAACCGCAGGUAACUAUUUGUAAUAACUGCCCAGGGACUUAAUAUGGAAUGAUACAGGAAUGGCAUGCACUGAUUGCUUAACCCUUUCCUUUGCCUUUGAAUCUGCCGCCGCAAACCUGUAUCUCUCCUAAUGCCAGUGCCUCAGAGCAGUUCUGCCUGCCGUCAGCAUAGCUGGUCUCGCUGGUCCUAUGGUGAUGAUUCUGUGUUGUUACAGCAGAAACACUGACUCAUAGAAGCGGACUUAUGGGCAUCUGUUUUGUCCCUCUGUGCGCCCCUGCCGCCCACCUUCCAGUCCUACUUGUUUAAUAGCUGCUUUUGUUAUAUAUUGGCUGCAUCUUAUAGUGGAGAUCUUUGCACUGCGUCAGGGUUUGGUAUUUUAAAGAUAAGGAAGAAGCUCUUACGAGCAAGCCACUAAAACACAGCCCUGGAAUUCCAAGGGAAACUGAAAAGGGCACUGGUCAUAGGGAGGAAGCUGGAAAACACUUACCCAAUGAUUACCUCAUGAGCUCGGAACAGGACUGCAGCCCCUCCUCCUUCUUUACUUCUGUCUCUUUCCCCCUCUCCCUUUGACCCUCCUCACUCGGGUAUAAACCCUCCUCACUCGGGUAUAAAGCCAGACUUCUCAGCCUCGGCACUAUUAACCUUGCAGGCCAGAUGAUUCUCCGUGGUGGGGGGCCGUCCUAUGCGUGGUCAGACGUUCAGCAGCAUCCCUGGCCUCUACCCAUUAGGUGCCAGGAGCGCCCUCUGAAUUGUGACAACCAAAAAUGUCUCCAGGCCUUGCCAAAUACUCCUCGAGGGGUGAAGUCACCCCUGGUUGAGAACCACAGAUAGAAAUCUGUUUAGAUUUUUAGAUUCUGUCUAAUGCCACCACUUGAUUUUGCAGAGCAUCCGAGAGGGAUUUUCCAUGGGUCGCCCAGUUUGUGACAGACCCCGGGCCAGCGUUCUUCCCUCCACCCCCCAUGCUGCCUUCCGAACUCACCUUCCAGCCGCCCCGACACUGACUGUAUUGGUGGGGGGGGACGUGCAGUGUUUGGUAGGGCUUAUCCGUGGAGGCCAGGCCUGGGAGUCCUACUGCUUUUUUGUGGAGAGAUUCAAAUACCGUGAAGAGGCACAGGAGGGAAAAUCACAAAAGUAAACACAUUUCUUCUCCCACCCCCUUUCUAUUUUUGCCCGUGUGUCUGAGCCAGAGCUUGGCCCAGGUUUGACCGAGUGGACCGUCCUCCUUGGCAACGCCAGCCUGGAGAGGAUCAGCCUGCAGGUUCAUUGCCAUUUCACCCGCUCCUGAAGCUGACUCCACUUCUUUCUUCCCUUCUGUCCCAGCCAAGGUCCCCAACCAGAAAAGCAUUGGCUUCCUCUGCUUCCUGUCAGCUCAGUGAUGGGUGUCCGGGUGCACACUCAGCUCUCGGGAGAAAGCUAGGUGCCCGAGUUUCUGGAACGUGCCAUGACGAAUGGGAAAGUGGGUGCCCUUCAGCACUUUUGCUUUUUCUCCAAGGGCUUACCUGCCCGUUCUCACAUUCUCCACCUGCUCUGGGCCCCCCACCCAGAGGUGUGGGCCGCUUCUCCAGCUAAUCUUCACCCUCCUGGUAGCCUCACCGGAUCUUGGACUUGCAAGAGCCCAUAGAAAGCAUUGGGCAUCCAAGGAGAUGAAAAAUCUGUGAGGGGUAAUGACCUGCCCAAGGUAAGAAGCCAAGGAUGUGAGAGACGGGGCUACAGCCGGAGAAGGCAACUGUUGGCUGUUAGUUCAGGAACCGCUGUGUUCCCUCCCCUGCAUGGUCAUUGACUUCUGUCCUCACCCUCAAUUGUGGAAGCUUUUCCCUGGGGCUGUCAUAUAACAAACUCCUUUCAGUGGAUGUUUUUAUUGCUCUCAGGUCCUUAGCUCAAAAUUCAGGCAAUGACCAAAUAAUCCGCAAUAGAGGCAAGAGAAAGAAUUGUUCUUUUUACUCAACAAGAGUCUACUAGGAUAUCCUCAGCGUUUAGGGGGAAGCUACAAGAUUCCUUAGCCCACCAGGAAUUCGAAGCCACUCCAGGUAGAAAUUUCAAGUAGAAAAAAACAUGUUGUAAACUUUUCUGUUAUCGUUGUAAGUCCCGUGGACAAUAAACAUUGUUUUAAA